UGAUUUUGCAUUUCCGGGAGAGAGACCUGUAUGUAAACAAUACAGAUCUCUCCCCUGUGAGCUCCUGCACACUGCUUUAUAUGGCUCUGCAUAGCAGAACCAUACAAAGCAGUGUGCUGACAGUAAAGCACAUACACAACCCCCAUAGUGAAACACCACACACAGUGAACCCUUUGAUUGCCCCAGAUGUUAACCCCUUCAUACCCAGUGCCAUUAGUACAGUGUCCGUGCUUUUUAUUAGCACUGAUCGCUGUAUUGGUGUCACUGGGGAUGUCAGUGACACCAAGUCAGUUCCCCCCAGUGUCAGAAUGCCUGGCGCAGUCCCAAUAUAA